AUGUUUGUUAAUGCAACUGUCAACAAAGUAUGAUACCUUUGAUUCAUUAAUAAUAUUAUUUAGUACACUCUCGAUGUGAGGAAUGAAGAAUAAAAAGGUGAAACCCUCAAAGGGUGUAAGCAACAGAAAAAGAGUGCUCAGUGAUGUGUCUACAUCCACCAGCAUUCCUCCUCUGGUGGAGGGUCAGCUGAGAUGUUUUCUGAGAGUGACAGUGAGUAAAGUGCUGUGGACCAUCACCAGACCUCCUCCUGUGACUCUGAUCAGGCUCAGAUGGUGGGGAGAGUCUUCCAGUGGCACCUUCUUCAGGCCUAGAGAUGGACAUGUUGAACAGAAAGGGGUCAAAUCGACUGCCCGUUUUCCAGUUCGAUGUGGACCCAAACAGCUGACUUCUUAUUUGACAGAUAUGGGCUCAUUGGUGCUGGAUGUGCUUACAAAGGUUGAUCAUUUGCCUAUAGCUCGAGCUCAAAUCCCUGGGAUCGCCCGGCUUUCUUUGUCUCACUCCAUAAAUGGAUAUUUCACUCUUGUUUCCCCGUCAUCAGAAAAACUUGGAGAGCUACAGGUCACACUUGCCCUAGAAGCGUUAACAGAGGGAUAUGACAGCAGUAGUUCAGUACCCACGACUGAUAUGAGCCUCGACGCACAGGCUCCUGGAGUAACAACUGACCAGAACAUGCCUGCACAUUCAUCCAUGGAUCAGGCUCUCCCGAGUGUGAAGGAGACAGCUGGCAGCAGCUCUGGCCACAUGCCUAGAGGGAAGGAUUACUUGUAUUUUCAAGAAAACAAUAACAUCAAACCAGAUUCUUCUACUGGAAAACCUAAACCUGCUACCACCCAAACUCUUUCAGCAAAUAGCCACGCACCUGUUGACCUUUUGUCAGUUCUUCUGGAGCGUGGCAGCAAACUGAGAAAUGCCAUGGUGGUUUCAGCCUUAAAAUCUGAUGUGGAGCCAGAUGUUCCUCUGAAGGACAUUCCCCUGCCUCUCUCCAAAGACAACACUGAUGUCUUGCCAGCCAGGCCCUCGUCAGGACAGUUUCUGGAGAACAUCCUUCAAGCAGAACACCAACAUCCUGUUCACUACCUUGAAGAGCCAAGUCAGAAUAGAGUCAACCCAGAGGACAUGGCUGUGGAUUUGCUGCUGGGAAGUGUUAAUGGAUCUGUGCUGCAGUUCUGGGAUGGAGAGGGUUCUUUCCCAGAUUCUCUUUCUGAUCAUAGUAGUGUGCUCAUGGACAGUGAGCUCAACGACCCUCAAUAUGAUCAGAGUCUUCUGGAGAACCUCUUCUACAAAGCUCCUAUAUCAGAUGAAUGUUUGGAAGAGGAGCAUCAAAAGAAAGAUCCAGCAGAGAAGCCAGUACAUACAAGACCAACUAAAAAUGCCCAACUUCAUUCUGAAGAUGUGCAGCAUUCAGAAGCAGGAGAUGAUUUAUCUGGACUUGGCAUGGAUAUAAUAGCUUUACUUGGAGAUAUUAAUUUUGCCAGGGUCACCAUCAGUGAGUUAAAAGUUUCCACUGAGAGUAUUUCAAGAAGUCUCUCUAAAAAAGGAAGACCACCUCGCCCCCUCACCACAAAGAAAUGCUUUUAUAUUGUAGAGUACCUCUUUCCACUGGUCUCUGCUGGGUUUGAGGAUGUUCAACGUGUACCUUCAGAGAUUACAAAAGUUGUCUCUAGUAAAGUAACAGAGGGCGUUGUGAUGUUUCAGCACCAAAGUUUGUUUCCAGUGAGGUUCAGUAGGUCAUCUAUUAAACAAUGGUGGGAGAUGAACGUCACAUUCAAGAUCUACUCCAGAAAUAGCCUUCAAAAGACACCCAUUCUCAUUGGAUCAGCAAUGUUUCCACUGAGCUCCCUGAUGCAGAGUGAAUCGCUGAGCAUUUCUGCUGCCCUUCCUGUUCAAAGACCGGAUGGAAACAUUGAUAAACAAGCAGUUGGUCCUCUGAAGGUUUCAUUUGAAUUAGCAGCAGACAAAAAUGAUUUCUCCACCAAAAAGAGACCUGCAAAACGAAUGCUGAGUCCAGCAAGACCCCCUCCUUCCCGUUUGACUGAAGAGCAUGAUGGGCCAAAGGGUUUAUGUGUGACUGACCACAGGAGACACCCGUCUCCUAGUGCAAGUGUUCAUCAAGUCCAGAGUAUCCUGAUACCUCCAACCAGAUCACGAUCCACAUCACCACACAUCAGAUACCAGAGCUCUCUGCAUGAGCCUCUGCAGCAGGAAGUGGAGGAGACUGAGAUUUUGCUUCAUAUGUUGCUCAUGGUGCCUGAUGGGAAAGAUUUUAACUGUGCACCCAUGCAGCCCAACAUCUACUUGAACUGUAAGCUCCUCGGAUCCGAUGAAACCGCUCGAUCGACAGUGAGCUGGGGUCAAAAACAUCCAUUGUUCGGCUUUAUUCAGGUGGCUCCAGUCACACUGACCAGCAAACUGUUGGAGAGAAUGAAGAACAACAUGAUGGUCAUUGAAGUUUGGUUGAGGGCCAGUAGUUCAGACCAUGAUAAACUUCUUGGUUUGGUAAAACUACCUCUUCACCAGUUCUACAUGUCUUUCAGAGACCCCAAGAUCACAGAGCUGCUCUUGCAGUCUCAGUAUCCAGUGGUUGGAGUGGACAGUUUUAUUCCUGUGGUUGAUGUGUUCAGCGGCAGCACUCGUGGACACCUCAGGGUGUGUCUAGCAAUGGGUCUAGCACAGCAGAUCACGGCACUGCAGCGAAUGAGGGAUGACGAGCUGACCCACGUAUCACCGCUGCUUCGACCAGCGCACAUGUUAGACCACCGGCCACAUGUAGAAACCAAGGCCAGUACCACUCUGGAUGUUCUGCGUGAGCAUGUCUUCAUGGUCCGAGUAGAGCGAGUAAAGGGUCUGACGCCUCUGCAGUCCACAGUGUGGGGAGAAGCUGACUGUUACAUCCAGUACUCCUUCCCUGCACAAAAUGAGUCGAGAGAGGACACGGACCCACAUGUCGUUGAGAGCAAUGUGGAUCUCAAGGCCUACCGCACUGAGACCACUCUCUGUGUGCCUGACCCCGUGUUUGGACAUAAUGAGACUCAUGUCCUGCUGGCUCCUCCUGACGUCCCAGUGCAAAGAAUACUGCUGAGCUCACUGGCCAGUCAAGGGCUGAGGAACGGAGGAGGGGUGCACUUUGAGGUUUGGUGCAGGUAUUAUUAUCCAAAUGUUAGAGAUCAGCUAGUAGCCAGAGGACUGCUGCCCAUGUCCAAACUGUGUGCCAUGGUAACCAUGCAGAAACAGGGUCAAACCGAUGCACAACUUUUCUCCCUUCCUCUGGUACCAAGAACCGACCGACCUGUCGACACACAGCCUCAGCCCCCUGGGCUGCUUGAAGUGAGUGUUCAGUACAAGUCUCGACCAAUGAGGAGUGUGGGAGUGAAGAGUGGGGUUGUGCCGUCCCGCAGAGUGAUGCUGGUUGUGCAGGUGCACAGAGCAGCCGGGCUACAAGCUGCAGCCAAAGCUCUUGCAGAUGCAGACAGCUCACUGCUGUAUUACUCUGAAGUGGGGCUCAACUCCUUCAUCACCGUGCAGUUGUCCUUCCUGCCGGACAGUGAGGUUCGAAGUACACGUGUGGCGGCCCGAAGUUUCUGCCCAGAGUUUGAACAUCACGCCGAGUUCUGCUGUAACCUGCUGGUGCAGAGAGACAGCGGGGAGAGUGUCAGUCUGGCUGAACUCCUGCAGGAGGCAGUGGCCGUCUUCACCAUUUACAACAGAGACACACGCAAAAUGGCUGAUACCACAAGAUCGAAGGACACUGUCUUGGGCACUGUGAAAAUUAGACUUGCAGAUCUGAUUCAUAAAAGAAGUGGUGUGUAUCCUUUGUUCAAGCGCUCUGCUGUAAACCUGAGUGGCGCUGCUCUCAGAGUCCAUAUCACUGUCACAACAGACUCUGUACCACAUGAGCCUCAAGCCCCUGAGGAGCUCAACAGCUCAGGAGAAGAUGAGGAGGAUGGAGGCCUCCCCACCACAGUGCUGUCAAGACCAUUUCAAUCCCCCAGCAGACAGCUGAUCAAAUCAACCAUGAACACUGAAGCUCCAACAUCCAAAGAGAUCAACAAUGAAGACACCUUCAUAGCCAACAUAACUGUGGACAGAGCCAUGCAUCUGAGCCUGAAGGGUUGUCCUCUCGCUGAGCGUGGUGGAGGAUUGCCUAGUUGCUGUGUUUCUUACGCCAUCACCGAUGCCCCGGGCACAGUGACCACAGCACUCAUCAAAGACAGUGACUGCCCCAUGUGGGACCACCAGCAAGAAUGCAGACUGUCGAAGGAGCUACUUUUGGAUCCCCAGCAGUCCUUGGUUUUCAAAGUUUGGCAUAAAGGAGAGGUUGAGCGGGUGAUUGGAUUCGUGUCUGUUGACCUGUCACCACUUCUGUCAGGAUUUCAGUCAGUUUGUGGCUGGUAUAACAUCACUGAUUUCAGCGGGCAGUGUCAGGGGCAGCUGAAGGUGUCUGUGUCUCCUCUGAGGGCAGUGCAGGAAUUCCGUGCACAAAGACUGCCUGCCCACGAGGCCUCUGCUCCAGACUCAAGUGCUCUCUUUAGUGCACUUCCACUUUGCUAUUCAACGACAGCUACGUACAGCAGCUUCCCCAGCCACAUCAGUCGAUUCUCAGAGCAGAGGAUCAGCACACCUCCUGAUCAAUUUGAAAGACUGCUGUCUGACAGGUGCAGUGUGACGGAUCGCCACGAUGAGCAUAUGGACAACAUAAGAAUGUUCCAUCAGAGUUUGCAUGAGGAAGAGAAAGCGUCCCAGUCCUCCUUCGCUGGAGAUUCCCACCCAUCCAGUUCAGCACUCUUCUCUGCCCUCAGGAAAAACCUCAGUGAGCUGGAUGAUAUUCAAAGGUAUUUCAGCCGAAAGUUGUCCACUCCAGCCUUCCCAAAGCUGAGUGAGCUGAGAGGAACCUCCAGGCUGGACGAGCAUAGAGACUCCGAGACCGACACCACUCGACUGCUACUGAAGUCCAGUCAGCUGGUGGGAGAGGUCAAUAACAUCAUAAAAGGCUUAAGUGAACACCAGACAGAAGAGGCUACAACUAGCCAUAAAAGCUCUGCUACUCUUGAUGUGGUUGAGGAGCACUUAACAUCUGGAGUAGAUCAGCUGAUAUUAUCAGAGUCUGAUAGCUGUGAGAUAGAGCCACGCUUUCAUAAGGAAUCAGACAUGAUGUCGGAGGAUGAAGAUGAAGUCUCGCCCAUCAGCUCUCCAGCUCCUGCAGAGAUCAGACAGUCACCAGCUGCUGCUGAAGAUGAAAAGCUCCACCACCGCUCCAGCGAUCACUCAUCUGAUGAAGAGGAAAAAGAUGAGGAUGAGCAUGAAGACUUUGAGGAAACUUUAAUACAGCCCCGCACACUCAAUGAGGUCACUUCAGUCACAGACAGAACCAGCCCUUGGACCAGCCUACUGUCUGACCCAGAUAUGGGAUCUCUGGAGAGUCUGGAGUUAGUGCAGCAUCACGCUCAUGACGACACCAUGCACACUCAAGGAGAGGAAAGAAACAGCAGAGAAAUUCUUCCAGACUUUAACCCGCAGUCAUUGACUGCAGAAUCACAAGCUGUUGAUUCUGAUUCCGAUAUCUGUGAAAGAUCUGAAACUGAUCUCGAUACAUGUAGGAGUGACGGUGCUAUUGCCACAGACCAUCGGGAACAGCAACCUUCUCCAGAUGGUCUGGAUGGAAAUGGUGCUCUUUCUAGUAUUAGUGAGGUGGAAGAUUAUGAACAAAGUAAUAGUGAACCUGAAGAAAGCGAUGAGAGACCAAACUUGCCUCCCUCUGCAGAGUCUGGUUCUGAAACAGAUGAUAAAAGUGAUGAGAGAACAGCAAAACCUUUGGAAUCUGUAGAGAUUCCAAAUUUCUUCCUGUCGGCUCACCAUCUGGAGGCGUCCAUGAGGGCUUUGAGGAUGGCACCUGUCUUUCCAUCGGCAACAACUGAAUCUGAGACUGUAAAUCCUGGAAAUCUAUAUAGAAGAAUGCCUCGAUCAAGACCAAGCAUCCCUCCAUCACAGAGAAGUGAAGAGACUAGAAGAAUUGCAAAAAUAUUUGCUUCGAAAUUUACAGAAGAAAGUUAAUACAUUCAUUCAAGAUUUCUGUGUUUGUUUUCAUUUUUUUAUAUUUAAAGUAUGUGAUUGGGAUCCUUAUUUAUGUCUUACAUGAUGCAAUAUGGUAUAUACGUUUUAACAGUAAUUUUAAUAAU